GUCAUAGCCCGCUGCAUUGUGGGUGAGAGACAUUAGCGGAGCAGCGCCAUUUUUUUGUGUGUGUGUGUUCCGAACUGAAAUCAAAAAGCUGCGUUCGGUGGCUGUUUCAAAUCCUUUCCCCCUUUUGGUUUAGGAGACAAUAACGAGUUAUUAUUAAAAUGGGACGAAAGAAGAAGAAGCAAUUGAAGCCUUGGUGUUGGUACUGCAACCGAGAUUUCGACGAUGAAAAAAUUCUUAUUCAGCACCAAAAAGCCAAACAUUUCAAAUGUCAUAUAUGUCACAAGAAGCUGUACACAGGACCUGGAUUAGCCAUACACUGCAUGCAGGUGCACAAAGAAACAAUAGACGCAGUUCCCAAUGCUAUACCGGGAAGAACAGACAUAGAACUGGAAAUCUAUGGCAUGGAGGGUAUUCCAGAAAAAGACAUGCAAGAUCGGAGAAGAGUACUUGAACAAAAGUCUCAAGAGAGUCAGAAGAAGAAACAGAACCAGGAUGAUUCUGAUGAGGACGACGAUGAUGAUGAAGCUGGACCUUCAUCAUUUCAGCAGCCUGCUGCUCAGCCUCAGGCAGCCUACAUACCCCCAAUGACCCAGGCGGGCAUGCAUCCUGGUCAUCAGGCCCAAGGCAUGCCACCCGCUGGUUAUGUAGGCAUGCCACCGAUGUUGACUGGUGUCCCACCAAUGAUUCCUGGGAUGCCACCAGUAAUGCCAGGCAUGCCACCUGGCAUGAUGCCAAUGGGAGGGAUGAUGCCCCCGGGUCCGGGAAUGCCUCCGAUGAUGCCCGGCAUGCCACCAGGAAUGCCACCUCAUGUUGCCAGGCCUGGCAUGCCUCCUAUGGCACCUGCAGCCCCUGUCUCUGCUCCUGUAAUGGCCAGCAGACCAGCUGUACCCGCCACACAGUCCGCUGCAUCCAAACCUCUCUUCCCCAGCGCUGUGCAGAUGGGGACUGGUGUUGCGAGCCCCAGCGCAGCCCCUGCGAGUGCAGAGACACAGUCUGCCUCCUCUAAGCCUCUGUUCCCUAGCUAUGCUCAAGCGCAGCAGACGGUAUCUGGACCGUCAUCAACCACCUCUGUUUCUCCUAAGGUGACAUUCCCAGCGUACACCCAGCCUUCUUCCACUCCCUCUGUUGCUGCCUCCUCCAGCACUGUGGCCAAGCCCCCUGCCACAGUCACAAGUAAGCCAGCCACCCUCACCACCUUGAGUGCUACCAGUAAGUUGAUGCACCCUGAUGAGGAUAUCUCGCUGGAAGAGAGACGGGCUCAGCUGCCUAGGUACCAGAGGCUAAUCCCUCGGCCUGGGCAGACUGCAGCAGCUGCUGCCUCGGCUCCCCCUAGUGGAGCAGUGGGAGGAAUGAUACCUGCCCAGCAGGUUUUACCUCCUCAGCAGCCUGGAAUGAGGCAUCCCAUACAUGGUCAGUAUGGUGGUCCUCCACAGGGCAUGCCUGGUUAUAUGGGUGGUGGCAUGCCUCCUUAUGGACAGAGUGCCCCAAUGGUGCCCCCAUACCAAGCUGGGCCUCCCAUGGGCAUAAGGCCACCUGUAAUGUCUCCAGGCAGCCGAUACUGAAAUGGCUCUGUCGUCCCACUAGGUUUGGAGGUUAAACCUUUUCUCAUCUUGUGCUUUUAAUGUAGCCAAACCAAUGAGCUCUAAACCCACUGCUGAAGAAAAACUGCAUACUGGACAUUUGAGAUAUGUAAUAGCACACAAGAGUUCUGGAUUCAGCCCUUAAAUAAAGACAAAGAAGAUAACAGCAGUAUCAAUGUUACAGUUGAUACAUGUAUUGCUUUUCUUCCUAUUGUGUUUCAUUCAGGUUGUACAAGUACAGUAUAUUAGACAAAGGUUCAUAAUAUAUUGAAGCCGCUGGCCUAACAGUAUCUCCAUACUCAAGGCAAGUUCCCAGUAAGAUUUCUGCUUCUAUCUUAGUAGUGAAGCCCUCACAGCACCAUACUGUGCUGUUGGACUUAUUUUUUUUUGCUAUAUGUAUUUGUAAUAAAACAUACUUAAUUUGAUUUUUUUUUCUUCUUGAUUUUGUUUUUGUGUGAGUGUGUUUCCUGAACAGUGGAGUCUUCAGGCAGGUUGGUUUUCUUGAUAAAGCCGUAAUGACAUUACAGAUACACUCGCUCUGUCAAUAACAAGUUUGUUCUGAAAUGUUCAUAAAGAUAUUCAGUAUAGUGACAAAGUAAAGCUGUAAUCACUCCUUAAUAUAUUUAAAUUACACAUUUUUGCUUGAUAACCUAGUUGCAUGAAUGAUCUUUCCAGAAGUUGGAUUUAAAAUGCAUCACACAUUUGUCUGUGGCAGGCUUGAUUGAUAUUUCUCAGUUACCAGUAUUAAAUUGGUACAAUGGCUUGGAAGCAUUUCCUGGUCUGCAGGUAAGAGCCACUGUGUGAAUUACAUUGUAAAGGAUCUGAUUUUAUUGCAUGUUUUUGUAUUUGACCCAUGGUUUUACUCUUCCUCAUGUAAUAAAUUGACCAGAAACUGUUUUAGUGUUUGGGGGGGAAAGCAGGAAAAAUUAACCCUAAAGAGAUUUAACCAGUCAAGUGUUUGCCAGACAGUCACGGCAUUUAGAGUAACGUCUGUGUUUGCAUCUAUCAGACUUUUAAUGCCCUUAAAGCAGAGGUUUGCCAACCCUGCACUUCAAGAGCUACUGUCUACAGAGUUUAGUUUUAACCCUAUUACAACACAGAUGUGCUAUUUGAUUUCACACCGUAAGUUUUCAUCUUUCCUUCCCAAUUCGGUGUUAUUUGGAAGGAAAAAGUUAAUUUAUUGCUAAGUCAGAACAUGAAAAUUCAAUGCCGAAAAGUACUGUAAGGAUUUAUAGCAGAAAAGUUUGUUUGUACUGAUGUUACAAAUGUGAAAUAAACAUCUGUAUUCUAA